ACGUCCAAUCUAGGCCCAACACUAAAGCGGUUGCUGUGAUGCGCUUUCGCUGUCCGCUUCUUCCUCGCGGUGUCCACAGUCCCUUGACAUCAACAGUCAACACUCCCCGACAAGGACGAGCCAAAGAGCAACCACUGCCCGGCGUCCGGCGCACCGCUUCGACAGACCCACCGCGGUACCACCGACCUUCCACCGCUGCCGCACCCCUCCGCCUCACCGCCAUACUACUUCUGAUCGACCAUUCAUUACUCUUCCGUAUCCAGGACAGGGUGAAGUAGAAAAGCUGAAGAGUUGCAUUUUGGCCUUUUUCUAUCCAACUACUAUCCAUUUUAAGUUGCAAUUGUACUGAUGUAUGAGAUUCUCUGACUCCAACUAAUAUACCAUAUUCGUUCCUUCAAAAUGAAAUAUGCAAUUUUUACUCCAACGACAAUUUUGAAAACCUGCCGAUUUGAACCCAUCACAACCCCCCACACCCUGUGGAAGAUGCUAUAUGCACAAUGUACAAGACCCAUGUCACAGUCUACCGCUAUUCCGAAGAAGCAGCAGCGGGUGCGGGACCAUGGCUUUGACAACUACAUGGAGGUGGAGAAGAAAACACGUAAAGUCCUGAAAUUCCAAGACCUAAUCCUCACCCAGCCGAACUCCAUGAUCUCUGUUUCUCACUUGGACGUGUUGUCACGCAGGAUUGGGUUCAAACAACAUGAAGUAGCGAAAUUCAUACUCAAAUUCCCCCACAUUUUUGAGAUAUUUGAACACCCAGUUCAGAGAAUUCUCUAUUGCAGGUUCGCCCGCAAGGCUCAGUUGCAGAUGUGUCAAGAAAACGAAGCCCUUUUGGCCCAAAUACCGGAUGCCAUCACCCGGCUAAGAAAGCUUCUGAUGCUAUCAAACACUGGUCGACUCCGGUUGGAGCAUGUUCGGAUUGCCCGGAAAGAGUUUGGGCUGCCGGAUGAUUUUGAGUACUCGGUAAUUUUGAAGCACCCUGAGUAUUUCAGAUUGUUUGAUGGCACAGGAGAGAGUAGACACAAGUACAUUGAGAUUGUAGAGAGAGACCCGAAACUGGGGGUGUGCUGUAUUGAGAAAGCAAGAGAGAAAGAGUAUAGAGAGAAGGGCGGGGAGGCUGAGAAUAUACGGUUCUCGUUUAUUGUGAAUUUCCCUCCUGGUUUUAAGAUUGGGAAGUACUACAGGAUUGCGGUGUGGAAGUGGCAGAGAUUGCCUUAUUGGUCUCCGUAUGAGGAUGUCUCGGGGUAUGAUUGUAGGUCUCUCGAAGCGCAGAAAAGGAUGGAGAAGCGGGCGGUUGCCACCAUUCAUGAGCUCUUGUGGUUGACCGUUGAAAAGAAGAUAACUUUAGAGAGGAUUGCACAUUUCAGGAUGGCCAUGGAUUUGCCAAAGAAGCUCAAAGACUUCCUCCUUCAGCACCAGGGCAUAUUUUACAUCUCCACGCGGGGGAACCAUGGGAAACUGCACACUGUGUUUCUCAGAGAGGCUUACAAGAGAGGAGAGUUGAUUGAACCCAACGGUCUGUAUUCGGCAAGGAGGAAGCUGGCUGAGCUGGUACUGUUGAGUCCUAGGAAAGCACCCAAAGUAGUGGAUCAUGAAUUGGUCAGUAGUUAUGGUUGGAGAGACGGCGGCGAAGCAGCAGCUUAUGUUCAAAGUGAGGACAUUGAGAAUGACAGUGUCACAACAAUGCGUAGUGAUGGUCUGAGAAAUGCUGGUUCCAGUUUGGUCGAUGGAUCUGCCGAUGACGUGGAUCCCUUAGGCACUGUUAGUGAUGACAACGAUGACGAGGAUGACGAUGAUGGUGGUGGUUGUGAGUUAUGACAACUUGGGCGUGAAUAGUUAACCAAGAACAGACUUAUAUACCAACAUGAUGAUCAUUUAAUUAAUUAAUUAAGGCCUUUUCAUAUUUUAAAAAUUAA